CGUGUGACUGGUGCAGCUGUUGUUCUGUGGCAGAAAGCAGAAGAUGAGUUCGGGAAGGUGGACGCCAUCGUGGUUUCUGUCGGAGUCGACGAGGAGAUCGUCUACGCCAAGUCUACAGCCCUUCAGACGUGGCUGUUCGGGUACGAGCUCACCGACACCAUCAUGCUGUUCUGCGAGACCAGGAUCAUCUUUCUGGCCAGUAAGAAGAAGGUGGAGUUCCUGAAGCAGGUCGCCGUCACGAAAGGCAACGAGAACGCAAACGGGAUUCCUGCGAUCACGCUGCUCGUCCGGGAAAAGAACGAGAGCAACAAGGUGAACUUCGAGAAGAUGAUGGAAGCCGUCCGCGGAAGCAGAGACGGCAAGACGGUCGGCGUGUUCAUGAAGGACAAGUUCCCGGGAGAGUACAUGAAGAGCUGGAGCGACAUGAUCACGGCCGAGGGCCUGCAGAGGGUGGACGUCAGCACGGCGGUGGCCUACACGAUGGCGGUGAAGGAGGACGGAGAGCUGGCGCUCAUGAAGAAGGCGGCUGCCGUCACCAGCGACGUCUUCACCAAGUUCUUCAAGGAGCGAGUGAUGGAGAUCGUGGACGCCGACGAGAAAGUCAAGCACAGUCGUCUGGCCGAGUCGGUGGAGAAGGCCAUCGAGGACCGGAAGUUUCUGGGCGGCGUGGACCCGUCGACGGUGGAGAUGUGCUACCCUCCCAUCAUUCAGAGCGGCGGCAGCUACAGCCUGAAGUUCAGCGUGGUCAGCGAUAAGAACCACAUGCACUUCGGCGCAAUUACCUGCGCCAUGGGCAUCCGCUACAAGUCCUACUGCUCCAACCUGGUGCGCACGCUCAUGGUGGACCCGCCGCAGGAAAUGCAGGACAACUACAACUUCCUGCUGCAGGUGGAGGAGGAGCUUCUGAAGGAGAUGAAGCACGGAGUAAAGCUGUGUGACGUCUAUAACACCGUCCUGGAGUUCGUCAAGAAAGAGAAACCAGAUCUGGUCAGCAAACUGACGAAAAACCUCGGGUUCGCUAUGGGCAUUGAGUUCAGAGAAGGAUCGCUCGUACUGAACGCCAAAAAUCAGUUCAAGCUCAAGAGAGGGAUGGUGUUCAGCAUCAGUCUGGGAUUGGCUGACAUGAUCAACCAAGAGGCCAAGAAAGACGAGCAGAAAAAAUAUGCCUUGUUCAUCGGAGACAGCAUUCAGAUCAAUGAGGAGGAUCAAGCCACCGUCCUCACGCCCGUCAAGAAGAAGAUCAAAAACGUUGGCAUUUUCCUCAAGAACGCCGAUGAAGAGGACGAGGAGGAAGAGGACGAUAACGCCGAGGAGCUGCUGGGGAAAGGAGCUCGCAGCGCCGCCCUGCUGGCAGACAGAACCAGGAAUGAGAUGACUGCUGAGGAGAAGAGGCGGACCCAUCAGAGAGAGCUGGCCAAUCAGGUGAACGAGGAGGCCAAGCGGCGUCUGACGGAGCAGAAGGGAGGACAGCAGAUACAGAAAGCCAGAAAGUCGAACGUGUCGUAUAAGACCGUCUCCCAGAUGCCCCGCGAGAAGGACAUCAGAGACAUGAAGAUCUUCAUCGAUAAGAAGUACGAGACGGUCGUCAUGCCCGUGUUCGGCAUCGCCACGCCGUUCCACAUCGCCACCAUCAAGAACAUCAGCAUGUCUGUGGAAGGAGAUUACACGUAUCUGAGGAUAAACUUCUUCGUGCCGGGCAGCUCGCUCGGACGCCACGACGGGAACAUCUUCCCCAACCCCGAGGCCACGUUUGUCAAAGAGAUGGAGGAGCUGGAGUUUGACGUUCCUUUCAGAGAUCUCGGGUUCCAAGGCGCCCCCUACAGGAGCACCUGCCUGCUGCAGCCCACGUCUAGCUCCCUCUGUAACGUCACGGAAUGGCCCCCGUUCGUGGUGACGCUCGACGAGGUGGAGUUGGUUCAUUUCGAGCGAGUCCAGUUUCACCUGAAGAACUUCGAUGUGGUCAUCGUUUAUAAAGACUACAACAAGAAAGUCACGAUGAUCAACGCCGUGCCCGUCAACUCUCUGGACCCCAUCAAAGAGUGGCUCAACUCGUGCGAUAUCAAGUACACGGAGGGCGUACAGUCUCUGAACUGGACCAAGAUCAUGAAGACCAUUGUGGACGAUCCCGAGGGCUUUUUCGAGCAGGGCGGCUGGUCCUUCCUCGAUCCGGAGAGUGAGGGAAGCGGUGCGGAGGACGAUUCCGGGUCCGAGAUGGCGGACGAGACGUUUAACCCCUCAGCUGAUGAUGAAGAGGUGGAGGAAGAGGAGGACAGCGAUGAAGAUUACUCAUCGGAGACAGAGGACUCGAAUUACAGCGCGUCUCUGGGCAGCGAGGAGGAGAGCGGCAAAGACUGGGACGAACUGGAGGAGGAAGCCAGGAAAGCUGAUCGCGAGAGUCAGUAUGAGGAUACAGAGGAGACCUUAAACAGGAAGAGGAAAGGCCGUUCAUCGGCUCCGCCCCCCAGCAGCAAGAAGAAGAGACGACAUUAGAUAACACACUUACACUUACACUUACACACACAGACACACACUGCCAAAUCAGUCUCCCACAGUCCUCUGACUGCCCCACACACACACACACACUGCCAAAUCAGUCUCCCACAGUCCUCUGACUGCCCCACACACACACACACACACACACACACACUGUGUUUGGUGUAAAUAGUGUCGGCCAGCGCUGAUGUGUGUUGUAGAAUAGUGGUUUUCAUAUCAGCGGAUGGACGAACUCUCACUCGUCUCUCAGGUGUGUGUGUGUGUGUGUGUGUGUGUGUGUGAGAGCGUGUGUCUGGAGCAGUAGCUGUGAUGUAGUGUUGGUGUUUUAUGAGCGUUACAUGACACUCAUUCCUCAGCUCUUCCGGCUCAUCUCUCUCACGCGUGCCGCUCCUUUUCGUUUAU